UGUAAGUACGGACAUCGAGGAUCUCUAAUUUUACUACAUUUCACUAUUACCAUACAAUAGUCGUAACUAAUAAUUCUUUUUAACGGUUUGAGGUUAAAAAUCGUUAAGCGUUAAAAUUUGUGUAUAAGUUCGAGUAUUUUGUAUUAGUUAAGAUGGAAGAAUAUGCUAGGGAGCCGUGUCCAUUCAGGAUUAUUGAUGAUUGUGGUGGUGCUUUCGCAAUGGGUUGUAUAGGAGGUGGAGUAUUCCAAGCCAUUAAAGGAUUUCGUAAUGCGCCAUCGGGCUUCAAUAAACGCAUGAUUGGGAGUUUGACUGCUAUCAAAAUACGCUCUCCAGUGAUUGCAGGAAAUUUUGCAGUUUGGGGAGGAAUGUUUAGUACUAUAGACUGCACAUUGGUACAUUUCCGAAAAAAAGAGGAUCCAUGGAAUUCCAUAAUAAGUGGAUUUGCAACUGGUGGAAUUUUAGCAGCAAGAAAUGGAAUCCCUGCAAUGGCGGGUAGUGCUAUAAUUGGAGGAGUUCUGCUGGCAUUAAUCGAAGGUGUUGGAAUUUUAUUUACACGUCUUUCGGCGGAACAAUUCCGGAAUCCUACACCGCCAACCGAAGAUCCGACGGUGUUGGAAGGUGCAUCAAAAUCAUUCGGUUUCGGACAAACACACCAACAGCAAUCGCAGUACCAGUGAAUAUGUAGAACAACCGAACUUUAAAAUAAUUUUUAACUGUAAAUAAUCUUCGGCUUUAUUUAAUUGGUUUUGGAAGGAACUCAAAUUUGUAAAACGGCAUAUCGAAUAAUUGUUUUUUCAAAUAAAAAAUAAUGGCCUUCAGACUAUUUAGGACUUCGCUCUUCGAAAGAACGUAAUGUUGCCAUAUUUUCGGUUUUCUGCCUUUCACUGUUAAAAGACUUCUAACAACUUGUGUAACUAAAAACAGCAGUCCUCACACAUGUAUCUUUCCAAGUAAAUUACAAACUUCGCGGCUAAAACUUUUCGCCUACUUCAUUAGAUAAUUGGUGAACCCAUACGUAAAGGAAUAAAUAUGGUUUCCAAAUGAUUUAAAGUUAUGCUUAUUGAUUAGGGUAGCUUUAAGAUAGUUUAAUUGACUUUCUGUUAUGAAACCAAAAUUGUAUGUUACUAUUUAAAAGUCGAAGGCAGCCACACCACUUUCUUGAAUUUCUAAAAAAAUGAAAUCUUUGUAUUUUCUCAACUACUACUCUAACAAAACGGUGUACAAUUCGACUUUUUAUUCCAAUAGAAGCUUAGAAAUGAAGUAUAUUAUUUAAUAUUUAUCUACUGUGAGGGAAUAAAAUACAACGGCUCCGAAAUGUUCAAUGCUAUCGAAAUGCCGAAGUCACAACUUUUGUAAAAGUUAACGGGCGAUUUUUUGUUUGCAUCGUAGUUUACAUGUACAUUUAUUGAAAAAGUAACAGGAAACAAUUUUUAAAGUUUUUGAAAUUUACUUUUACUAUAUAACGACAUUAAACUUAUUAAAUAAAAAUUUAAUUAGUUUUAGAUCAUAUCGUUUCAAAAAUAAAUAAUGGACUGUAUUUGGAAAAUACAAAAUGCAAUACAGCAAAUA